UAACCCGAUCCUACAUGUUUUACUUCAAUUUAUAUUAAUUAUUUCAUUGAGGUUUUUAUAUAACUUGGAGGUGAUAGAAGAUGGAGCGCAACGAAGAAGAUUGGUCGAUAGAAUGUUCAGACGAUGAGAAAUACGAAAUGGAUGGAAAAAACGAAUGGACUUUGAAACCUGACGAUAUAUUAACAUUGAUCGAGGCCCUCGAAGCCAAUAACAGAGCUUUGGAACUCGACUGGAAGUGUCCAGGUAGAAGAGGUCCAUCACCUGUUCCUUCAAGCAAUCGGCAGCAAGAUAAUGGCUCGCAGGAGUACAAGACCGAAGAAAAGUCAGACUUUGAUUUCAUGGAUGAGAUGUCGUCGCCGAGAUUACCGGUUCGUAGAACUGGAGAAAGCACUCCAAAAGGAAGUGCUAAGAAGAAGACUGCAAGUUUUAACGGUGUACUAUCAACUAUGUUACGACAUCGUAGAUUAGAACAGCAAGAAAUUAAUUCGAGUCCAAAAAAGAUUGAAUCAUCCGUAUCAAAGAUGCAGCCAACGUAAUAAUCAUCCGUGUUAAAGACGCAGCCAACAUAAUCGUUACAUUGAUGCAUUGCGGUAUAAAUGUUAUAUAUAUAUAUAUUUAUAAAUUAUAUUUAUAAUAAAGUUUAUAUUAAAUUUUGAUACAUGAA